AUGCCAGAGAGUCGAGAGCGGAAAUGUGCUUGGGCGGCUGGGCCCGUGGCGAUGCAUCCAGCGACUAGGGUCACGGAACAGCAGGAGCUGGGGGAGAGAGAGAUGGUUGACAGCUGGAAUGCGGGAGCUGGGAUAAAGUCGAAACCCAGCAGAGUAGAUGGGAGAACGCCACGGAGAAGAGGGCAAAUCAAGAAGGUGAAAUGUUUGGUUUCAACCAAAUAG